AUGGAGAAAUUGGACAGCAAAUAUUGACGGUUAGAGAAAGCAUUCCGACGAGGUUACACGAGUUAUCUCACUGCUGCAGAGCUAGCCUAAAACCCAGAGCAGCUGAAAAGAAUGCUACACCUAAACCUCUCUUCUUCUCUAUCCCCUAUCCAAAACCCUAGUAAACAGCACCCUCCUCCACAGUCAUACCAUGGUUUCUUCUCCAACAAUAAUUCACCCUUCAAUCUUAAAACCAAAACCUCCUCUCUUUCUUUCUCCAAUUCGACCAAGAACCUUACCUUAAAAUGCCGCCACUCUGGUUAUUUUGAGCCUCAAGAACCGCAGCAGCAGAGGUUUUCUCCUCCUGAUCAACAAGGGACAUUGCCGUCAAGGGUAUAUGUUGGAUACUCUGUGUACAAGGGGAAGGCAGCUCUGACAGUGGAGCCUCGGCCUCCAGAGUUCACGCCUUUAGAUUCAGGGGCAUUUAAGCUGACGAAGGAGGGUUUUGUGUUGCUUCAGUUUGCUCCUGCUGCUAGCGUUCGCCAAUAUGAUUGGAGUAGAAAGCAGGUUUUCUCAUUGUCAGUAAAUGAGAUUGGGAGUCUAAUUAGCCUUGGAGCAAAAGAUUCUUGUGAAUUUUUCCACGAUCCUUUCAAAGGAAAAAGUGAUGAAGGUAGGGUCAGAAAAGUGCUGAAGGUAGAACCCCUGCCAGAUGGUUCUGGCCACUUCUUUAAUCUCAGUGUUCAAAACAAGCUUAUAAAUGUGGAUGAGAAUAUCUACAUUCCUAUAACAAAGGCAGAGUUUGCAGUUCUUACCUCAGGAUUCAAUUUUAUCUUGCCAUACCUUAUAGGUUGGCACGCUUUUGCAACUUCCGUGAAGCCAGAAGAUGCUAGUCGGGUGAACUACACUAAUGCCAGAUCUGGUGCCGAGUAUGAAUGGAGCAGAUAGGGAUCGCUGUUUGCAUCAACUAAAUUGAUUUUGAUAUUCAUGCGACUCUUCAUUCCCUAUGCCUUGUGCAGUAUUGUAUUUUGAUGAAGUGAAUUCCUAGGAGUUUUUGUUAGUGUUAUCGAUAUGGGUUUGAAGAAUAGUGAUCAAAUUUCAUUGCAGCUGUUCUCCUGUUUGGCAUGUAUGAGCCGAAUUUGUUCCCUAGCUGCCUAUUUUUGACAGUAAUCAGCUAUCUCGUAACCUGGCUUGUCAUCAACCUGACGCCAUAUUUUCAUCCUAAA